CAUUCGAUGAAUUAGAGUGUCUUGAAGCCCUUGAAGACCUAGAUGCUGCAGACCAACAGGAUAUUCCCAGAAGGUGCAUCACUGACAGGAUGAAUCUUUUGCAUUCUCUGCAUGAUGAGUUCAUCAAAAGAUUUCGCUUAUCAAAAACAACAGCACUCAAUUUACUAGACAAGCUACAGAUUCAAGAAACUCGAGAUGGGAGGAUCACCAGUACCACCCCGCCUACAACUGUUAAUUACAUUGCGAUGGAUGGCCACUGGUAGCUUCCAGUUGACUAUUGCUGACACUUUUGACGUUUCACAACAACUUGUGAGCAAGUGCACAGCCAAAAUAGUCCGAGCCAUAGCAUCUCUGCUACAAGAUUAUGUGAAACGACCAUCGAGAGAACAUUUUUCUAACAUCAGGAAUUAUUAUUUUGAAAUGUCUGGUUUUCCUGGGGUAUUGGGUGCAGUUGACUGCACACAUAUUCAUAGUCCUGGAGGUGCUAGAGCAGAAGAGUUCAGGUGUAGAAAGGGAUUUUUGACUUUGUGUGCCGUUGGCCUGGUUCUGUUCAUGACAGCCGAAUAUUUAAUAAUAGCAGAUUAUUUUUUGAUCUUCAACAUGAUCUGCUAGAAGGGCAUCACUUAUUAGGUGACUCAGCCUAUCCACUGCUACCAUUCCUCCUCACCCCAGUGGCAAAUCCUGUUGGCCAAAGAGAAGUCAGAUGCAAUAUAUCACAUUCCAAAGCACGAAAUACCAUUGAAAGAGCAUUUGGUGUUCUGAAAAUGAGAUUCAGGUACCUCACCAUUCCAUUGAAAAUUAAUUUAACAACAGUCAUGGCGACUAUUUGCAGUG